UACAACUAUGGUGUUGGGUUUUUACUGCGAUUUGCUCUCACAACCAUGCAGGGCUGUCUACAUAUUUUUGAAAAUGAACAAAAUACCAUUUGAGGUCAAGUCGGUGUCGUUAUUGAGAGGUGAUAACCACAAUAAGGAUUUUCGGAAGGUCAGCCCGAUUGGUCGUCUCCCAGUCAUAGAGGAUGGGGGCUUCAUUCUUACAGAAUGUGUUGCUAUCCUUAAGUACCUGGCUGUGAAAUACAAUGUGCCUGACCAUUGGUAUCCACGGACUGACCUCAAGGCCCAGGCCAGAAUUGACGAAUACAUGAACUACCAACAUUUGAACACAAGAACCAACAUGGCUAUGCUCUUUCAAAAUUUAUGGCUCUUGCCAAUGAUGUUGAACAGACCGAUUGAUCGGAAAAAAGUGGACCGAUACAGUAACAAUGUUGGCGUUGUUAUUCACCAAAUAGACGAGUAUUUCUUGAAAGACAAUCGACCAUUUAUCGCCGGCGACAACAUCUCGUUAGCAGAUCUGCUAGGGCUUUGUGAAAUGAUGCAGCUGUAUGCCUGCUGCCAGGAGAAGUUUAUUGAAUCCAAUCCAAAAGUGAACGCUUGGGCAGAACGUGUCAAACUAAAACUUGCUCCAUAUUUUGACGAAGCCAAUGUCGAGGUCAACAUCACUAGAGAUAAAUUCAUGAAAAGUGCAGCAACACAACCAAAACUGUAGAUAUUUACUAAGGUGAUCUAGUCUCUAUCAUAACCAGACAACAAAUAUCGAAUGAUAAAAUGCUUGCCUUGUAAGGCAAGAUUUUUGGAAACUUCAGUAUACAGUUAUAAUACUCAAGAAAGGAUUGAUAUGUUGAAGAAAUGUGUUAAGCCUUAUUUAAGAAAUUUGAAAUCUUUUAAUGUUUUUAAUUCUGAUGCAUUACAUGACGUGUUUUGAUCUUUACUCUAUAAUUUAGAGUUUACCGUUUGAGUAUUUACCGGUUAACUUAGUGUUACUGUCGAUUUAUCUGUUUAAGUGUUAUAUGACGAAGUAAGCUGUGUAGCGUUCAGUGUUUCAAUGGUACCCAAUUAAAUUACGUCAGUGUAGGCCUGAUUUGAUGCUAAUUCUUUGAUUAAUUUAACGUAAUAUCUUACAAGUCUAAAUGUUUCGAAAAUUGAUAAUUAUUUCACUUCAGUUUUAGCUGAUGUUGGGUACUUUAACCAGACCAUUUCUUCUGUCUGGCGAUUUUUUAAUACAAAGAAUAAAAUAUUCAUUACUCCUUAUUAGCCUAGUGCCUUAUAUACUGUUUCCGCUAUUUGCGUGGCUUUUAGAAUGUCUUACAUGUUUGUUAGAUAAGCUGAUGCAUGUGCUUUUUGGUGUUUAUUUUGAAAUAACGUAAACAUAGAAAUGUUGACGUAAGAUAUACAAAGUGACGAAACAAUAAGAUAAAUAUUUUUAAUGCAUUUAAUUCCAAUAUAUAUUAAAGCGUUAUUUCAUUUUUGCACAUAA